AUGCUGCCGCCGGUGCCCUCCCGCCUCGGGCUGCUGCUGCUGCUGCUCCUGUGUCCGGCGCACGUCGGUGGACUGUGGUGGGCCGUGGGCAGCCCGUUGGUCAUGGAUCCUACCAGUAUCUGCAGGAAGGCCCGGCGGCUGGCCGGGCGGCAGGCUGAGCUGUGCCAGGCUGAACCAGAAGUGGUGGCCGAGUUAGCCCGGGGCGCCCGGCUCGGGGUGCGCGAGUGCCAGUUCCAGUUCCGCUUCCGCCGCUGGAACUGCUCCAGCCACAGCAAGGCCUUUGGUCGCAUCUUGCAGCAGGACAUUAGGGAGACGGCCUUCGUGUUUGCCAUCACCGCGGCCGGUGCCAGCCACGCGGUCACACAGGCCUGCUCCAUGGGCGAGCUGCUGCAAUGUGGUUGCCAGGCUCCCCGCGGGCGGGCGCCGCCCCGGCCCUCGAGCCUGCUGGGUACCCCCGGCCCCCCCGGCCCAGCAGGCUCCCCGGACGCCAGCGCCGCCUGGGAGUGGGGAGGCUGCGGCGACGACGUGGACUUCGGGGAUGAGAAGUCACGGCUCUUUAUGGACGCGCGGCAAAAGCGAGGACGCGGAGACAUCCGGGCGUUGGUGCAACUGCACAACAACGAGGCGGGUCGGCUGGCCGUGCGAAGCCACACGCGCACCGAGUGUAAGUGCCAUGGGCUGUCGGGCUCGUGCGCGCUGCGCACCUGCUGGCAGAAGCUGCCCCCGUUCCGCGAGGUGGGCGCGCGGCUGCUGGAGCGCUUCCACGGUGCCUCGCGCGUCAUGGGCACCAACGAUGGCAAAGCCUUGCUGCCCGCUGUCCGCACGCUCAAGCCGCCGGGCCGCGCGGAUCUCCUCUACGCCGCCGACUCGCCCGACUUCUGCGCGCCCAAUCGGCGCACUGGCUCGCCCGGCACUCGGGGCCGCGCCUGCAACAGCAGCGCCCCGGACCUCAGCGGCUGCGACCUGCUGUGCUGCGGCCGUGGCCACCGCCAGGAGAGCGUGCAGCUGGAGGAGAACUGCCUGUGCCGCUUCCACUGGUGCUGCGUGGUGCAGUGCCACCGCUGCCGCGUGCGCAAGGAGCUCAGCCUGUGCCUCUGACCCUGCGCCACCUAUCUGUCUCUCCAAACGGAGACCUGC